UAAUUCAUAUCAAUUCAAAUAAGAUGUCGGCUCUCAACUCUACCAUUUUUAUUAUAUUCGGUUUACUCUUUUGGUUUAGCCAAAUUGAUGCUAUACACAAUGGAGAAGAUGCUGAAUACCGACCAUAUCAUAUGUUUGUUUCGAGCUCUGAACCAGGACAUGCAUUCGGUUCUGGUAUUAUGAUAUCUCGAAGACAUGUCUUAACAUCAGCUACAUUAAUAUCGGGUUUUACGAGGUGGCACGUUGGUCAUAGUAGUGCAAAUCUGUCACAAAUUAUCCAAGUGGAAUCCUCGUUUGCAUUUGUUCAUCCGAAAUUCGACCUGGAAAGAAAUGGGGUCGACCUGGGAAUCAUACUGUUGCAAGAACCGUUAGAUAUUCCAACGGUUCAACCAAUUGCUUUACCAAUCACAAAUACAUCUAUUCCGCGAAUUAAUCAGGAAGGUGAAGUUGUUGGCUUUGGUAUCACAAAUUUUACGGCUCUGCCUGCACCAAACACCUAUCUACAGAAAUCAUAUUUCAUUGUGACGAACGAAAGCGACUGUCCUCAUUCCAGUUUUGAGCAGCAUACACGCUACAAUUUCUGUGCAAGAGACACUUUUAUAGGAAGUCAAUUAUGUCACGGUGAUGUAGGUACAGCUUUUGUUGUCAAUCACCGUGGAGUUGAUAUGCUGGCCGGUAUUACAAAUGGCAUAUCAGCAAAUUGCAGUUUAUCGACGGAUGGUUCUACUUAUGUUAGAAUUCAAGAGUUUAUUCCGUGGAUUCAGUCAAUUGUCAGUCUUUAAAUUGAGUUCUGAAGAACAAGGGCCAGAAAUAAAAUUUUUCAAAAUAGAA